GCAGGAUUGACGUAGUCGGAAAACCUCAUUCUAAAAACUUCGGCACACCAUGGCACGAUCUCGUUGCCGUGACAUCGACAGCGCCGAGUUGUUGGAAUAAUCUGACUCCUCCUUUCUACUACUUGCGGAAAGGGUCAGUCAAGAUGCGCCCAACAUUGCAGCCUGCGAUCCCUUCUCGCAGGCUGCUCCGGUUCCUGCGCUUCCAGUCUGAAGGGAUUCCAUUCUUCAGUCCCACCCAUGCGCGCACUCCCGGAACCAAGUGCCACGGCCUGCCUCCCCACGAUCCUCGAGGCUCGGCGCACUCCACAGAACGGCGCGGUUGCGCACCACGGCUAUUCUCAACCUCGAGGACCAACGCGUCUGAGGCCGCCCUCCACUCGGCUGUGUUCGACCUGGAGAGCAUCCUCCCGAAAUCUCUCAAGAAGGCUCGCUCGCGUGGCGCCGAUCCCGUCGGGGAAAAUGCCGCCACGAGGUCACGGCGGUGCCUCUCCACGGACGGGCCCACCGUGAAAGAGCGCAGCAAGACGUGGCAGCAGAGGCUUUGGGCGGACCCCACCGUCAAACCAGAGUUUCGGACCAGGGCCACGGACGAUUUCGACACCUCCAUCUUCACGUCGUCCAUGACAGCCAGGAGGGCCAAGGCUGCUCUUGAACCUGUGCUGCGGUGCACAGAGGUGGACGAGAAGGGAGACGCCAUCCUGACCGACGGCGCAUUCAAGAAGAGUGAGCUCAUUGCAAAGUACGGUCUCAUGCCCCGAGAUCUGCGCAAGAUCGAUUCGUCCAACCUCCCGCACAUCCUCGUCCGGCCGGCCGCGAUUCUCCUCAAUCUCCUACACCUUCGUGUACUCAUCAAGCAUGACCGCGUGUUGCUCUUCGACGUCUACGGCUCCCAGGCCUCCUCUGCGCAGUCAGAGUUCAUGUACGAGCUGCAGGGCAAGCUGCGGCAGAAGCAGGCCCCCGGCACGGCAGGCGGUCUCCCAUACGAAUUCCGCGCACUCGAGGUGGUGCUCAUGUCAGUGACCUCGGAGAUCGAGAAGGAAUUCGGCACCGUUCAGAAGCCUCUUAUGCACCUGCUCGGCGACCUGGAGGAGGAUGUCGACAGGGAGAAGCUGCGGUACCUGCUGGUGCUCUCGAAAAAGGUGAGCACCUUUGAACAGAAGGUCAGGCUGGUCCGGGAUGCGAUCGACGAGCUACUGGAGGCGGACGACGACCUGAGCCAGAUGUACUUGACGGAGAAGACUCGUGACAUCUCACGCGAGGUGGACGACCACACAGAGGUUGAGAUGCUUUUGGAAUCUUAUCACAAAAUAUGUGACGAGGUUGUCCAGGAGGCGAGCAACCUGGUUUCUGGGAUCAGGAACACGGAAGAAGUCAUCCGUGCUAUUCUAGACGCCAACCGCAACGCCCUCAUGCUCCUGGAACUCAAGUUCAGCGUCGGCACCUUGGCCCUGGCGAUGGGCACCUUCUUCGCGGGCCUCUACGGCAUGAACCUGGAGAACUUCAUCGAGGAGACGAACUGGGGCUUUGCAGGCGUGACCGGCGCCUCGAUCAUCUUCAGUGCGCUCGUGGGUUGGUACGGCCUGAUCAAACUGCGCAAGGUCCAGCGCGUGCGCAUGCGCAACCGCAGGUCGCUGGUGAACAACCCUGACGGCCAUGAGCCGUACGGGGCUAUGCAGUGGUACAAGGAUGACAGCCCCACAGCGCUGCUCGAGGCCAAACACCGUGAGAAGCUCAAGAGGAUCGCCGCGAUGAAGGAGCAGCGCCCCCAGGCCACGGGGCUCAAGAAGUGGCUGCAGAAGUUACAGUGAAGUACUUGGGAAGGGAGGGACUCACAGACCCGCAGACGUCCUGCGACGACUGAAUAGGGUUGGCUGCAACCUCGAUGAUCGGAGGUGGAGCUGCCAGGUGGCAGAUGCUGUUACAACAUGUACGAACAUCUGAUGCUGUUCCUUUACGAUAGCAUCUCGAACUCACCUCAUUUCAUAGAUGAUACCCCUCCGAGUAAUAUUCAUAAAGUAUUGUUGAUUACUUUCCACGACACACAAUGCCCGAGGCUUGGGACACGCAUGGCCUCCACAGCCUGCCUCCCCCGGCCCCCCGAAUUGUGAACCCCGUCCCACCGCCGCUCCGCAUUCUGGCUGUUCACCGAGCCAAAACCUGCGUCAGCCGGAAGACCUGCUCAUCGUCUACGUGUUGUUGCGACUUGCCCCUCGAGAUACUUAUCCACUUCUUCUCUUCGCUCUUCUGCGCCGCCAGGACAUCGCCAAAAUCCACCCCGGGUAUCAAAGGCAUCUCACUCGAGUCCGGCCCGCUGAUCUCCUGUGUCGGGGGUGGCACGGGGGCGCCGCUCCCACUGCUUGACCUCGACUCGACGAGCUCCAGUGUCAGGGGGUCUCUCCUCGAGAACGUCACGCUCACCUCCCCGGCCUCGAGCAGCGCGGGCACCGUCUCGGCGUCCUCGAUGUCCAACUGCCGCAGCGCGGUGUGGUAGACGUGGCGCAGGACCUCGUCCUUGUGGCGCUUCGAGUAGGCGGCGUCGGCCUGCCUGCACAGGGCCAUGGAGGGGUAGCUGGAGAUGAGGACCAGCAGGCUCUCGUCGCUGGCGGACUGGAAGAGGAAGUGGUGGCUGCGCUUGGGCGGCGUGCUGAGGGCCAUCUGGAGCCCGGAGCCGCACGAGGACCUCGGGCUCGGCGUGUACAUGGCGCAGAGCUCUAGGAUGUUGGUCCAAAGGGACAGGAAGGCCGGGUCGCGGGCUGAGUUGUCUGGCUUGAGGGUGAAGAACCAUAAUCUCGUGAUUGCCAUGGUGCGUGCACGGCUCGGGCGUUGGGGCUGUCGGUGGUGUCGUUUGCCGUUUGUGGUAUUGGCUUUUUCCCGUGAGCCUGUUGUGGUGUUCCUUCCGGUGAAGCAGAGUGGAGAUGGCCUGGAUUUUGACAAUUUCUUUUUCUGUCCUUCAAUUGAAUGGGAAAGGAUUUGUCGUGGCGACGAAUUUGGAAUUUGACAUGUCCGACCGGGCCCGUGGUUGUUUUGCGACUACCGGAUACUGUUUGCUAUAUGAGGCAGUGAUGGGAGGGGGCCAGGGACGAGGGGAGGGCCGUGCUACUGCAGGUCGUGCUGCCAGUAGACCUACAGCUCCCGCAGCUCUCUACCUAGGUGGCUAGGAAGGCAGAUUUGCCGCUAACGACGUCACAGGCGGGCUAGUUGAGAGGCUAGGUCGGUCCCUUCUCACAUCUCGCGGCCCUUCUCAGGGUCCAGACUCCACAGCUCCCGUGGACCCCUGAGGAUCGGGCACCGCAUGAGCACAUAUGAUCCUGCACCCUCACCACCUGCUUAGCCCUAGGUAGGUAGGUGGUAGGUAUCUAGGUACCUAAGGGCUAGCUACCUUUCGCAAUUAAGUACUGAAGUAUGGAAUGAAAGACCAGGGCGGCUGGCAGGCAGCUCCCGUGGCUUUGUUGUCAUGGACGCUGGGUUUCUCUGGCGUGGCGUUCCUCGGAAUAAGUCCAUCUCGUAGCGGAGUCAGUCAGAGGCAUGAUGUCACGGGCGUCGUCGGUCUGAGGUUGAAGCUUCUUCCCGCCGGUCUGCUCUUGGAGACGGUGACGCCGAGCAAAAUGGCCGCUGUCGGGGGUCCAAACGCUGGCCGCAUAUUGAGUUGGACAAGAACCGUGGGCCCGGACCAUCUGCCGUCUGCCAUAUGACGCUCGAUGACACGGUCCACACUUUGCUGCUUGUGAGCCGAUCAGCCAGCUAGCUCCAUUGACCUCCGCACGAUAAUUCUACUCUGCGUCUUCCUCGGUGUCACCCUGUUGGAGGCUUGGUCAGCAGGCGACCCAUC